GUGAGCGGAAACAGCAGUUAUGUAGUUGUUUUGUGUUGCCUCUUUUAGCUCCGUCUUACAUGAGUGGAUUCAUGGCUUCUUUAAAAUACGUGUUGAUCUAUUCCAGCAGAAUUCUUCCGACAUUUAGGAAACAGUGUCAUGUCAUUGACGUGAAGAGGACCUUCUUCCUGCCCAGACUCCAUAAACGUUCAAACGGCAGGUUUAUUAACUCCCAGCGACUGAGCAGCAACUCUGCAGCAGCCAAAGCAGAGAAAACAGAAGACUCUUUCCUCAAAUGGUUCCUGCUGCUCAUCCCUGUCACCACCUUUAGCCUCGGGACAUGGCAGGUGAAAAGGCGUCAGUGGAAGAUCGGAUUAAUUAAUGAGCUGCAGAAACUGAUCACAGCAGAGCCCAUUCCUCUUCCUCUUGAUCCUCUAGAGAUAAAUGAGCUGGAGUAUAGAAGGGUGAAAGUGCGUGGACACUACGACCACUCAAAGGAGCUGUACAUCAUGCCCCGCUCACCCGUCGACCCGAAGAAAGAAGCCAGAGAGGCGGGAAGUCUUUCCUCGAGCGGCGAGAUCGGCGCUAACGUCAUCACCCCGUUCCACUGCUCUGAUCUGGGCAUCACGAUCCUGGUGAACAGAGGAUAUGUCCCAAAGCAGAAAAUAAGACCAGAAACCAGGCUGAAGGGGCAGGUGGAGGGCGAGGUGGAUGUGGUGGGAGUCGUCAGGCUGACAGAGACACGGAAACCGUUUAUACCAAACAACGACGUAGAAAAAAACCGCUGGCAUUACCGCGACCUGGAGGCCAUGAGCCACGUCACCGGAGCUGCACCCAUCUUGAUCGAUGCAGACUUUGGGAGCACAAUUCCUGGAGGACCAGUUGGUGGACAGACCAGAGUUACACUGAGAAAUGAACACAUGCAGUACAUAAUAACAUGGUAUGGUUUGUGUGCAGCUACUUCCUACUUGUGGUAUGGCAAGUUCAUCAAGAAGAUUAAACUAUAAAGCAGAUGGUUACACGUCUAAAUGCUGAUUGUAUCAAAGAGCUUGUAUGUGUUGUGCAUCAUUUAUUCACAAAUUAAUCCAUAAAACUUUGUCAUUUCUUGUUCGUAAGCAUAAAUAAAACAU